GCCCUGCCAGUGCCUGUGAAAGAUGUCUGGUUUGUGCAUCUUAAUUUUGGUUGGGAUCUCUGCUGCCUGGGCUCAAACAGUCGAGGAUGGGGCCCGAGAUUUCUUGCAGAAAUUCGACGAAGAAGCGUCCCGUCUCAUGUACCAGUACAGUCUCGCAUCUUGGGAAUACAACACGAACAUCACGGCAGAGAACUCGGAUAAACUGGCAGUACAAGGGGCAAUCUGGAGCAAAUACUACUCUAAUGUAUCCGAGCAGUCCAAUGCUUUUCCUCUCGAUCAGAUUUCUGAUCCGGAGAUUAAACUCCAACUCCGAUCGCUCCAAGACAAGGGCUCGGGGGCUCUGUCACCUGAUAAAGCCAGCCAUCUUGGUAAAGUCAUGAAUGAGAUGAGCACUAUUUACGGCACAGGAACGGUGUGUAAAUUCGACGACCCCUUCGACUGCGAGACUUUGGAACCAGGCCUGGAAGCAAUCAUGGCUGACAGCAGGGAUUACUACGAGCGGCUACACGUGUGGGAAGGCUGGAGGGUUCAGGUUGGCAAGAAGAUGAGAACGCUCUAUGAAGACUACGUGGACUUGAAAAACGAAGUCGCCCAGCUGAACAAUUAUACCGAUUAUGGCGACUACUGGAGGGCUAAUUAUGAAACAAUCGAUGACCCAAAAUACAGCUACACUCGGGACGAACUGAUGACAGAUGUUAGGCGCAUAUAUAACGAGAUUCUGCCUUUGUACAAAGAGCUUCAUGCAUAUGUGAGAGCCAAGUUACAGAACUCAUAUCCUGGCCACAUCGCCACUAAAGGAGGUCUUCCAGCCCAUUUGCUUGGUGAUAUGUGGGGGAGGUUUUGGACCAACCUUUACCCCCUCUGUGUCCCUUAUCAAGACAAACCUGAUAUCGACGUGACCUCAGCGAUGAUAGGGCAGGGCUGGAACGAACGGCGGCUGUUCCAGGAAGCCGAAAAGUUCUUUGUGUCCGUGAACAUGUCGGCCAUGUUUCCUGACUUCUGGACAAAGUCGAUGUUCACAAAACCUGACGAUGGCAGGAAAGUGGUGUGUCAUGCCACAGCGUGGGACAUGGGCAACCGAGAGGACUACAGAAUCAAAAUGUGCACUACGGUGACCAUGGACCAUUUUCUAACCGCACAUCAUGAGAUGGGACAUAAUCAGUACCAGAUGGCGUAUCGACACCUACCAUACCUGCUCAGAGACGGAGCCAAUGAGGGCUUUCACGAAGCUGUGGGGGAGAUCAUGAGCCUGUCAGCCGCAACCCCGUCUCACCUGCAGUCUCUGGGGCUCCUACCGUCUGACUUUAAAGAAGAUGCAGAGACGGAUAUUAACUUCCUGCUGAAGCAAGCCCUUACCAUUGUGGCAACGUUGCCGUUCACCUACAUGCUGGAGGAAUGGAGAUGGCAGGUGUUUAAGGAGGAGAUUCCCAAAGAACAGUGGAUGCUCCGCUGGUGGGAGAUGAAACGAGAGUUGGUCGGUGUGGUGGAGCCUUUACCUAGAGAUGAGACCUACUGUGACCCACCUGCACUUUUCCAUGUGUCUGGAGACUAUUCAUUUAUCCGAUACUUUACGAGAACCAUAUACCAGUUCCAGUUUCAGGCCGCGCUUUGCCAGGAAGCUGGCCACGUCGGCCCCCUGUACAAAUGCGACAUCACAAACUCGACCAAAGCAGGCAACAAACUAAGGCAAAUGCUUGAGUUAGGACGAUCAAAAUCUUGGACACGGGCUUUGGAGGAGAUCUCGGGUGACACUAGGAUGGACUCCAAACCUUUGUUGAACUACUUUAGUACAUUGCAUGAGUGGCUUAAGGAGGAGAACCAGAAAAACAACAGAGAACCAGGCUGGGAUGCGGCUCUCGAUCCAUAUUCUGAAAAUGCUAUUAAAGUGAGAAUAAGUCUGAAAGCUGCCCUGGGAGAUAAUGCAUACCAGUGGAAUGACAACGAGAUGUACCUCUUUAAGGCCUCUAUGGCCUUUGCAAUGCGACAGUACUAUUUAGAGACCAAAGAAGAAGUGGUCAACUUCAUGGCAGAGAAUAUCUACACCUACAAAGAAACAUUAAGGAUCUCAUUUUACUUUGUGGUGACCAAUCCGAAUAACGUAUCUAGGAUUAUUCCCAAAGCGGACGUGGAAGCGGCAAUCUGGCUUUCCAGAGGUCGCAUUAAUGGGGUUUUUCAGCUGACUGAUGACACGUUGGAGUUUGAAGGCCUGCGUGCCACCCUGGCUCCUCUCUCAGAGCCACCUGUUCAAGUGUGGCUGAUUGCGUUCGGAGUGGUCAUGGCGGUGGUGGUUUGCAUAGGCAUUUACGUCGUGGUCAUGGGGGCUGUAAAUAGGAAGAGGAAAGCCAAAGAAGUGAACGAGCCUGAGAACCCAAACGAGGAAAAUAUGGAUAACGGGACAAUGAACAAAGCAUACGAGAACGACAGCGAACAAACAGGGUUUUGAUGAUCUGAUCGGCAUACAUGAGAAAAGGGAAGUUAAAAACGAAGAAGAAGUGAUUAUUCGCAAUUAAAAUGAUCAUCUGUGUGUGAGAUCUAUUCAAUUGUACAUAUGAAGUAGAUGGAUUACAUGCUCAAAUAGCUUAUUUAUGUGUCAGUGUUGUAAUGAAUUACUGUGUAUUGUAUUAUUGCAAUUUUAUAUAUUAUAAAAAUAUUAUAAAUAAAAAAUAUAUGUAAUUAAAAAGAAAUUCUGAAAUCUGCUUACCUAAUGGAUUAGUUUUAUUUUUAAGGUUUGAGUUCAGUAAACAUUGUACAAUAAGGAACUAAAUCUAAAUUCACUGUACAAUAGUUCAAUUGUACUUCUUUCUGUACAGAGAUUCAAUGCCUAAGACAACUAUUCAGUGGACUCUAAUGAGCGACAUGAAGCUGGUGGGCUUGGCUCCCCCCCUCACAAAUGGCAUUCACAUUUAAAUUUCUUUUGAAUUGUGAUUCAACAGAAGCAUUAAAAAAAAACCUAAUGAAACUGGUCUGAACAAAAAUGGUACCCUUAAUAUUUUGUUGCACAACCUUUCAAGGCAAUCACUGCAAUCAAGCGAUUUCUAUAACUUACAAUGAGACUUCUGCACGUGCCGACAUGUCCCACUCCUCGUGAGCGAUCUGCUCCAGCUGUCUCAGGAUGGAAGGGUGCCUUCUCCAGACUGCAUGUUUCAGCUCUUUCCACAGAAGUUCCACAGGAUUUAGAUCAGGGCUCACAGAAGGCCACUUCAGAGUAGACCAAAGUUUUGUUCAAUCUUGGAGGUUUUGGGUCAUUGUUUUUCUGGAGGACCCAUGACCUGUGACUGAGACCAAGCUUUCUGACACUGGGCAGCACAUUUCGUUCAAAUAUGCCUUGAUAGUGUUGAGAUUUCAUUGUACUCUGCACAGAUUUGACACCCCGUGCCAGAUGCAGCAAAGCAGCCUCGGAACACAACUGAGCCCCCUCCAUGUUUCCCCAGUAGAUACCCUGUUCUUUUGUAUGCUUCAUUUUUGACUCUGUGAACAUAGAGCUGAUGUGACUUGCCAAAUAAAGCACCAGUUUUGUC